AUGGCAUCUCUCUCAGAGCAUCUCAGUCAGAAGUGGCGGAAAUUCUUUCAGUUUUUUGACAUAAACAAAGACGGUCGUUGGACUCGGGACGACUUUGAAAAAUUUGCCGACAGAUUGGUGAUUCAGGCAGACAGCAUGCUGACAGAGAUCGGCGCUUGUCAUGUGAGGCGCCAUUGCCAGCACUGGCUGAGCAUACACGAGGAACAGCUUUGUGGCACAGGAGUGGGUGAGAUCACAGAGCAGGUGAUCUGCGACACCAUGGCUCGGCUUUUGCUUCUCAACAACAACAACGCUGGCUGUCAGAUCAAGGAGCUGGACAUCUUCAGCGAGGUGUGGUUUGAGAUUUUGGACAUCAACCGUGACGGCCGUAUUUCCGAGGGUGACAUGUGGAUUCUGUACAAGUGUAUGGGGGUAAAAAACCUGACAAAGGUGGGGGAGCUCUUCCGGGAACUUGACCUAGAUAGUGACCAUCACCUAACGAGGGAGGAAGUUCGAGUGGGCUACAGACAGUACUUCUUCGGGGAGCAGCGUCAAGAUUUUCAGUCGGUUGCGCUAUUGUUCGACUUGGCUGGUCUGCAGCAGGGUGGUGCGGUGUGUGUGACAUGA